UGACAUGUCACAGAGUGGCAUGCUGGCCCGCCUCGGUGACUUGCUUUUCUACACCAUUGCGGAGGGACAGGACCGGAUCCCUAUCCACAAGUUCACUACAGCUCUGAAAGCCACCGGACUGCAGACAUCGGAUCCCCGGCUCCGGGACUGCAUGAGCCAGAUGCACCGCAUGGUCCAGGAGUCCAGCAGUGGUGGUCUCUUGGACCGAGAUCUCUUCCAAAAGUGUGUGAGCAGCAACAUCGUGCUCCUGACCCAGGCUUUCCGAAAGAAGUUCGUCAUUCCUGAUUUUGAGGAGUUCACGGCCCAUGUGGAUCACAUCUUUGAAGAUGCCAAGGAGCUCACUGGAGGCAAAGUGGCGGCCUACAUCCCUCAUCUGGCCAAGUCCAACCCAGACCUGUGGGGCGUCUCCCUGUGCACCGUGGAUGGUCAGCGGCACUCCGUGGGCCACACUAAGAUCCCCUUCUGCCUGCAGUCCUGCGUGAAGCCCCUCACCUACGCCAUCUCCGUAAGCACUCUAGGUACUGACUACGUGCACAAGUUCGUGGGCAAGGAGCCCAGCGGCCUGCGCUAUAACACGCUCUCCCUCAACGAGGAAGGAAUCCCCCAUAACCCCAUGGUCAACGCUGGUGCCAUUGUUGUGAGCUCCCUGAUCAAGAUGGACUGUAACAAAGCGGAGAAGUUUGACUUUGUGUUGCAGUAUCUGAACAAGAUGGCUGGGAAUGAGUAUAUGGGUUUCAGCAAUGCCACAUUCCAGUCUGAGAAGGAAACGGGGGAUCGCAAUUAUGCCAUCGGCUAUUAUCUCAAGGAAAAGAAGUGCUUUCCCAAGGGGGUGGACAUGAUGGCUGCCCUUGAUCUCUACUUCCAGCUGUGCUCCGUGGAGGUCACCUGUGAGUCCGGCAGCGUCAUGGCCGCCACCCUGGCCAACGGCGGGAUCUGCCCCAUCACCGGCGAGAGCGUGCUGAGCGCCGAGGCAGUGCGGAACACCCUCAGCCUCAUGCACUCCUGCGGCAUGUACGACUUCUCCGGACAGUUCGCCUUCCACGUGGGCCUGCCAGCCAAGUCAGCUGUGUCCGGGGCCAUCCUCCUGGUGGUACCCAACGUGAUGGGAAUGGUGUGCCUGUCCCCGCCACUGGACAAGCUGGGGAACAGCCAGAGGGGGAUCAGCUUCUGCCAGAAGCUGGUGUCUCUCUUCAACUUCCACAACUACGACAACCUACGGCACUGUGCUCGGAAACUGGACCCACGGCGCGAGGGGGGCGAAGUUCGGAACAAGACAGUGGUGAACCUGUUAUUUGCCGCCUAUAGUGGAGAUGUUUCAGCUCUUCGAAGGUUUGCCCUGUCGGCUAUGAACAUGGAACAGAAAGACUAUGACUCCCGCACAGCUCUGCAUAUUGCUGCAGCCGAAGGCCACAUUGAAGUUGUUAAAUUUCUGAUCGAGGCUUGCAAAGUGAAUCCUUUUGUGAAGGACAGGUGGGGCAACAUUCCCCUGGACGAUGCUGUGCAGUUCAACCACCUGGAGGUAGUCAAACUGCUGCAAGAUUACCAGGACUCCUACACACUCUCUGAGUCUCAGGCUGAGGCAGCGGCUGAGGCCCUGUCCAAAGAGAACUUAGAAAGCAUGGUGUGAGCAGAGGUCACGGACAGAAGAAGCACGAACUGGCCACUUACUUGACUCAUAAACAUCAAAGUGCUAUGUAGGGCUGCUUCAGUGGGGACCAAGAAAGCCAUAUGGUGACACAGGCCAGUGAUUUGCAUCAGAUACCCCAAUCCUUCAGCAGAUAGAAAAGAGAAGGACCAGAAGAUGCCUACAAUAGAGCUAUCUACAGAGCUUCAAGGUAUGGCCUAAUGGACCGGCUCACUCAAAACUGUCCCAGGUCUUCACCCAGGUCCCCUUUUCCUCCUGCUGAAGAAACCACCAGGACAGAGAGAUACUCCAGUGAAGAAACUCUAACUACCACGAACACGUAUAUAUCACAGAACAAGAGAAAGGGGUCUCUGCACUUGGCUUCAGCAGACUGAAGAGAUCUGUCCCCUUGGCCAGGACAUGCUGCUGCUACUGCUAACCAUUUUACAGACAGAGAAAGUACUUUGCGCUCAAAUAAACUUUAAUGACACAAAUUAU